AUGACAUCAUUACUGGCACGGCCAAGCAGUUCAAUGCCAGGAUCUCCAUCGAAACCCAAUGAGACGUCGCCAAUCCCUUUGCCAAGAUGUUACUCGAUGGGCAAACAACAAUACCAUCCUCAGCACCAUCAUCAGCCACAGCCACAACAACAACAGCAACAAAAGCAGUUUCAGUUAAAGAGACCCCACCACAGUAUCAGCAACAGUAAUGAUAUGGCUGUUUUACGGUCGUUAUGCAAUGACACCGAAACACCCGAAGUGACCCCACCGGUGAAGCGACGAACCAAAACAAUCGCUUGUUGUGACAGCGAACUUGACAGGAGGCUAUUGGCUGCUGAAGGUCUGAAAGAGAUGACACCGUCAAUGGAACACAGACCACGUCGUUCUGGCAAUAAUACUUAUCGAUUCCUGAACGACUUUCACCAUCGUUCCGGCAACAGGAAGAGCUCGAACGCUGAUGGUGCUCUUAGCAGCAGCAGCAGUUAUUCGACGCCAAUGAGCGUCUCUAAUCCGAAAGUAAACAACAACAACAAUAUUCCAACAACGUCGUCGUCGAACGCUGAAUGCAAUCAACAAAUACCGAGCGGUGAUCCGAAUUCGCCGAAUCGACAUCAUCCGCUUAACCAUCAGCCACCGGCAAUGGAAGCACGUUUCUUGGAGUGUAUGGCAGCGAUAGUGUUACACUCGGACUUCUCCAUUCCGACCACGUCGUCUCCGUCGAGCAUUGAGGAAAGCAACUCGUCAGCAUCACCACCAAAUCAGAAUGACACAAGCGAUAGUCAACGCCAACAACAGCAACAAUUGAACAAGUACGAUUCACUGCAAUCUCCGAAAUCAGCAACAAAUGAAGCUGCACAAAGCGAGUCGAAUGAACGUAAAAUAUCUGACGAAGACGUUCCCUUAGAGAUUGAUCAGCAUAGUCCAAAAUGUCCGAAAAGUGACAAUAUGCAAACAGAUGACGGUGAUGACGAUGAUGACAUAAGGAUCAUUGAUGACAGUGAUUUGUUUGUUAUUAAAGAUGAUGCGGAGAAACAGGAUCAGAGUCAAGAAAACGGCACUAAAAAUCACAAAGAUUCUAAAGGCUCAACGCCAAUCAAUCAACAAAACGACUCAGAAUCUGGUGAUGAUAUCGACAUGGAACCGACCGAUACCACAACCACCACCACAACAACAACGGAAUCUACUCAACAACAACAACAACANGACCGUGGUCAGUCACCACCAUUUCAUUCAGUGCCAUCGCUGGCCGUACCGGUGCCCAUUCUGAAUAUUUUAUUGGAACGAAUUCUACACACAAUGCUACAAACUUAA